AUGGCUCGUCGGUUCCUCCACCAUCUGGAGGAGGAAAUUGUUAUCAAUAUAUUUUCCAAUUUAUCCCUGAAUGAGCGUUGCCUUUCAGCGUCAUUAGUCUGUAAAUAUUGGCGUGACCUCUGUUUAGAUUUUCAGUUUUGGAAGCAAUUGGAUCUCAGUAGUCGUCAACAGGUCACUGAUGAGCUGUUGGAAAAGAUAGCAUCAAGAAGCCAGAAUAUUACCGAAAUAAAUAUUUCUGAUUGUCGCAAUGUAUCUGAUACAGGAGUAUGCAUAUUAGCAAUUAAAUGUCCUGGACUCCUAAGGUAUACUGCCUACAGGUGUAAACAGCUUUCUGACACCUCCAUUAUGGCAGUUGCCUCUCAGUGUCCUCUUCUUCAGAAAGUGCACGUAGGCAAUCAAGACAGACUCACUGAUGAAAGCCUAAAGCAGCUGGGUUCAAAAUGCAGAGAACUGAAAGACAUUCACUUUGGGCAAUGUUACAAGAUCUCAGAUGAAGGAAUGAUCAUUAUAGCUAAAGGCUGUCUGAAGUUGCAAAGAAUAUACAUGCAAGAAAACAAAUUA